AUGAAAAAAUUUGAAGAUGUAAAUAAUUAUACUACAAAGAGUUCACAUAAAAAAAACUAUUAUAAGAGAAAAGAUAUUUUAAAUGAAAACUAUUAUGCAAAAAAUGUAAAACGACGAAAAUUAAAGGCUUCUAAAAAAUUAGAAAGUAGCCCCAAUGGAGGUUUUACUAAAAAAGUGAAAAAUAAAUUUAAAGAAUUUUAUGAAAUGCAUUUUGAUAAAAAAGUAAUAAAUUUACCAUUUAGUGCUGACUCUAUAAAUAUACAGCAAAAAGGGUUUCAUGAUUAUAGUAAAGAUAUGAAAUUAAAAAAAAAUCAUAUGAAUAAACCAAUGUGGAUAUGCUCAGAUGGAUUUAUAUAUUUAGAGAUGUUUAAUAGUUGCAGUAAGCAAGCAUCUGAUUUUCUUAUUACCAUAGCUGAGCCCAUAUGUAGACCUGAGUUAAUUCAUGAAUUCCAAUUAACUAUUUUUUCUUUAUAUGCUGCAAUAUCUGUAGGUAUUACACUUGAUGAAUUAUUAAUAAAUUUAGAUAAGUUUUCUAAGAAUGUUCUUCCUAAAGAAUUAGUUUAUAAUAUUACUAAAAGUGCAGAAUCUUUUGGCAAAGUUAAAUUAGUUUUAAGAGAAAAUAAAUAUUAUAUUGAAGCUGCAAAUAAAUCAGAAUUAGAUUAUUUAUUAAAUAAUAAUUCUAUAAAAAAUGCAAGAAUAUAUUCUAAUGAUAAUAAUGAACAGAAAAUAAGAGGUAUAUGCAAUUUGAAUAAUAAUACAUUAGAAGAAAAAUUUAAGGAGAAUAAUAAUAAUAAUAAUAAUAAUGAAAAUAGUAAUGAUAAUAAUGAAAUUAUUAAUAAUAAUGAUAAAAAUAAAAUUAAUAAUAAUAACAUUAACAAUGAUAAUAAUAAUAAUAAUAAUGAAAAUAGUAAUGAUAAUAAUGAAAUUAUUAAUAAUAAUGAUAAAAAUAAAAUUAAUAAUAAUAAUAAUAAUAAUAAUAAUAAUAAUAAUAAUAAUAAUAAUAAUAAUAAUAAUAAUAAUAAUAAUAAUAAUAAUAAUGAAAUUAUUAAUAAUAAUGAUAAAAGUGAAAUUAAUAAUAACAUUAAUAACGAUAAUAAUAAUAAUACAAACAAUUUUUUAAAUGAAAAAUGUAAUGAAAAAAAGAAAGAAGAAUCUUAUGUAACAUAUGAAGCACCUGUAUUAGAUACUACUCAACUAGGAUUCAAGAUAAGUGAAAGUGAAAAACAAUUAAUUUUUCAAGAAAAAAAAAAUAUAAAUGAAAAUAUAAAUGAGAAUUUAGGAAACUCAUCAGAAGUAUACUCUUUUGAAGUGAAUUGUGAUAAGAUAGAAGAAGUAAAGCAAGAAGCAUUACAAACUAUGCAAAGACCAUUAUUAAUGGAAUAUGAUUUUAGAAGAGAUAAAAAAAAUCCUAAUUUAAUUUGUUCUUUAAAAAGCCAUGUGCAAAUAAGAUAUUAUCAAGAAAAAGCAUUGAGAAAAAUGUUCAGCAAUGGAAGAAGUAGGUCAGGUAUAAUAGUUUUACCUUGCGGUGUAGGUAAAACCCUAACAGGUAUAACGGCAGCUAGUACAAUUAAAAAGUCAGCAUUAUUUUUAACAACAUCAGCAGUAGCAGUUGAACAAUGGAAAAAGCAAUUUGAAGAUUUUACGAAUAUUCAUCCAAGACAUUUAAGAAUAUUAACAUCAGAUUAUAAGUUUGAUUUAUGGCCUAUUAACGAAGCAGGUGUGUUAAUUUCUACAUAUACUAUGUUGUCAUAUUCAGGUAAGAGAAGUGAGCAAAGUUUAAAAAUUGUUAAUGAUAUAAGGAGAAGAGAAUGGGGAUUAUUAGUAUUUGAUGAAGUUCAAUUUGCACCUGCACCAUCUUUUAGAAGAAUAAAUGAUAUUGUGAAAUCUCAUUGUAAACUUGGUUUAACAGCAACUUUAGUAAGAGAAGAUUUGCUAAUUCGAGAUUUACAUUGGAUUAUUGGGCCCAAAUUAUAUGAAGCUAAUUGGGUAGAAUUACAAAAUAAAGGAUUUCUAGCUAAAGCUUUGUGUAAAGAAAUAUGGUGCAGUAUGCCUGGUUCUUUUUAUAAAUAUUAUUUAAAGUCAAAUAGUUUUAUUAAAAGAAGAUUAUAUACAUGUAAUCCUAAAAAAUUAAUGAUGUGUGAAUAUUUAAUUAAAUAUCAUGAACAGAAUAAUGACAAAAUUAUAGUUUUUAGUGAUAAUAUUUUUGCUUUGUUACAUAUUGCUAAAACAUUGAACAAACCAUUUAUAUAUGGAAAGUUGUCACCAAUUGAAAGAAUUGCUAUCAUAAAUAAAUUUAAAAAUGAUUCUUCUAUCAAUACUAUUUUAUUAAGUAAAGUUGGAGAUAAUGCAAUUGAUAUACCUAUUGCAAAUGUUGUUAUUCAAAUUUCUUUUAAUUUCGCAUCAAGAAGACAAGAAGCUCAAAGAUUAGGAAGAAUUAUUAGACCUAAAAAUAAGGCCAAUGAAAAAAAGAAUAUAAAUGAACCUGACUCUUUUUUUUAUAGUUUGGUAAGUAAAGAUACAAUUGAAAUGUGCUACUCUGAUAAAAGACAACAAUUUCUUAUUAAUCAAGGGUACGCGUAUAAUGUUCAUAGUGAUAAUAUUGUUGAUUUUAAUAAAUUAAACUUAGUUUAUAAAAAUAAAAAAAUUCAAGAAAAUUUAUUAAAAUGCAUUCUAGCUAGUACAGAUGAUGGAAACAUGGAUGAAGAUGAUGACUUAUUUGAAGAUCAAAAUUUUAACAAAGAAAAUUCCAAAACUAAUAAAAGUAACUUUAAUGGCACUUUAAGUAAAAAAGAAGAUACUUUAAAAAAAGUAGAUAAUGGGGGAUUAUUAAAAUUAUCAUCCAAUAUAGAUGUAACCUUUAAUGAUAAAAAAAAAAAUGCACCAAAAAAGUUUGCUGAUAAACAUAUUCUUUUUAGAAAAUUUUUAAAUCAAAAUAAAUAA